UUCAUGGCUCUGCUGUAACUCUCAGCAUCUCGCGACUCAGGGCGGAAUGACGUUUCAAACUCAAACGAGGCGAAAUCUUUGAAUAAUAUAAAAAAUAUCGCUGAAGAUACCAGAAAACUAUUAAAAAGUAAAUAUGGAUAUUGCGAGUCAAGAUGUGUCGCUGGAUCGGUAUGUUAGAAAAUUUCCCUGACACCUAAUCGAGAUAAAUGUAUCAAAAUCAACUCACAUCAAACAGAAUGGCAAGUCGGAAUCAAACAAUUUUGAGGGUUUCUGGCAAGUAAUUUGCUGCAACAUUCGCAAUGCAUCGACUCUAAUCUUUUCUGAACUGCACUUGCCUGAUCAUUGUUUUGAAAUUGGAAAAUACCCGUUCAUUUUUCUGUGGACUUAAUUUUUAAUGGUUUCAGCCAUGGCAACCGUGCGAUUUCUUGUUUGUAUUAUGUUUUUAACAAGCUUUGUCCGAAGUGAAAUGCCUCAUGCAUUGGAAAGGCUGAUGAGAAAGCUGGACGAAGAAAGGGUUUCUGCUUCGGUACAAGAAGCUGCGGCACGGGGCGUUUUAUCCAGGCUGCUUCCCUCGCAUGCUUCCGCCUUUGACCUUAAAAUUGUUUCAAAGACUAAAUGCGGUGGAUAUGCUUGCUUUAUCAUUAGCAAUCACGAUUCAUCAAUAAACAAAGGAACUGCAAGAGUUGUCAUUGAAGGAUCAACUGCAGUAGAGAUUUCUGCUGGCCUUCAUUGGUAUUUGAAAUAUUGGUGUGGAGCUCAUAUAUCAUGGGAGAAGACUGGUGGUGUUCAGUUGGCUUCAGUUCCUCAACCAGGGUCAUUGCCACCUGUUCAGACAGGUGGCAUUAGGGUUCAACGGGCAUCUCCAUGGAACUAUUACCAAAAUGUAGUUACUUCAAGUUAUUCCUAUGUUUGGUGGGAUUGGGAAAGAUGGGAGAAGGAAAUAGAUUGGAUGGCUCUUCAAGGGGUUAAUCUUCCUUUAGCAUUCACAGGACAAGAAACCAUUUGGCAAAAAGUUUUUCAGAGAUUCAACUUGAGCAAAUCAGAUUUGGACGGUUUCUUUGGAGGACCAUCAUUUUUAGCAUGGGCACGUAUGGGAAACUUACAUGGGUGGGGGGGUCCUCUACCUCAUAGCUGGCUUCAACAGCAAUUACUUUUGCAAAAGAAAAUACUAUUCCGAAUGCGAGAACUUGGCAUGACACCUGUUCUACCAGCAUUUUCAGGAAAUGUGCCAGCUGGAUUGAAGACAAUAUUUCCCUCCGCGAAAAUAACGCAAUUAGGUGAAUGGAACACUGUUGAUCAUGAUCCAAGAUGGUGUUGUACCUUACUUCUUGAUCCGACUGAUAAGCUAUUCGUUGAAAUUGGUCAGGCUUUUGUCAAACAGCAGUUAAAAGAAUACGGAGGAACAAGCCAUAUUUACAACUGUGACACUUUCAAUGAGAACACGCCUCCUACUGAUGAUCCAGAAUAUAUAUCUACCCUUGGAGCUGCAGUUUUUGACGCAAUGCAUGCAGGAGACAAAGAUGCUGUUUGGCUCAUGCAGGGUUGGUUAUUUUCAUCAGAUGCUGCAUUCUGGAAGCCACCUCAGAUUAAAGCACUGUUGCACUCAGUUCCUUCUGGAAGGAUGAUAGUCCUUGACUUGUUUGCUGAAGUGAAGCCUAUAUGGCAUCGCUCUGACCAGUUCUAUGGCACACCUUAUGUCUGGUGCAUGCUGCAUAACUUUGGUGGCAAUAUUGAAAUGUAUGGAGUCCUUGAUGCAAUUGCAUCUGGGCCAGUUGAUGCUCGUACAAGUCAAAAUUCAACUAUGGUUGGGGUGGGCAUGUGCAUGGAAGGCAUCGAACAUAAUCCAGUUGUUUACGAGCUGAUGUCAGAAAUGGCAUUCCGUAGCGAGAAAGUAUAUGUUGAGGAAUGGCUAAAGAGUUACUCCUACAGACGUUAUGGAAAGGUUGUGCCUAAACUAGAACAAGCCUGGAAUAUAUUACAUCAAACUAUAUACAAUUGUACCGAUGGAGUUGAGGACCAUAACAAAGAUUUCAUUGUAGAUUUCCCUGAUUUAAAUCCAUCCUUUAGUUCAGAGUCUCUGACUACAAAAGGUAACAAGAUGAUAAAUUUUGAAAAGUUACUAGGAGCGGAGAGACAUUUAUUAAUGGAAUCAAAUCCUGCUUGGCUUCAACAACCACAUUUAUGGUAUUCAACUUCCAAGGUCAUCCAGGCAUUACGUCUUUUCCUUGACAGUGGGGAGGUUCUCACUCAUAGCAUCACAUACAGAUACGAUUUGGUCGAUCUCACUCGGCAGGCAUUAGCAAAACUUGCUAAUCAGGUAUUCAGGAAUGCUGUGAUAGCUUAUAACCUGAACAAUGUUCAAGAAACAGCUACACAAAGUCAAAAAUUUCUAGGGAUCAUCACAGACUUGGAUAUCCUCUUAGCUUCAGAUGACAAUUUUCUACUUGGGACAUGGCUAGAAAGUGCCAAGCGACUAGCAGUCAAUCCAAGACAAAUAAAGCAGUAUGAAUGGAAUGCAAGAACACAAGUGACAAUGUGGUUUGAUAAUACCAAAUCGAAUCAAAGUAAACUACAUGACUAUGCAAACAAAUAUUGGGGUGGGCUACUACGAAACUAUUAUUUACCACGAGCAUCAAUCUAUUUUGACUAUUUACUAGAGAGUAUGAAAGAGAACAAGUCGUUUCCAUUGGAUAUGUGGAGAAAAAAUUGGAUAAAGCUUUCCAACAAAUGGCAAGAAGACACGGAUCUCUAUUCUGUUAAAGCCGAAGGAAAUGCCCUUAACAUUUCACAAGCAUUGUUUCAGAAAUACUUUAAAACAUAAAUAAUAAUUGCUGUACAGAACAUGUUUUCCUCCUCUUGUUGCCAAAUCUAUAAUUGCUUUGAGUCAGAAGUACACAACUUUUCAAGUGAAAACUCUACUAUCGAAGCUCUCCUUUCAACAUGAGAAAAUACUAUUUCGCAUUCAUGCAGCUUAAUUGGCAUUGUUAUUGAUGUUCUCUGACAAACACUGAAUUGCCAGCAUUAUUUGCGCUCAGCAUAAGCUGAUAGUGUUGUCAAUUGUCAUAAAAGGAUAGCCUUCUUGGAUGUAUUUAUGGGGUUGUCUAACAAUGAGGUUGUAUGAUAAGUCUAAAUCAAGGACAACAAAAAAAUUGAUAA